AGUACCGAGAGAUGGAUGAAAGCUUGGCCAACCUCUCAGAAGAUGAAUAUUAUUCAGAGGAAGAGAGGAAUGCUAAAGCAGAGAAAGAAAAGAAACUUCCCCCACCACCCCCUCAAGCCCCACCUGAGGAAGAAAAUGAAAGUGAACCCGAAGAACCAUCUGGGCAAGCAGGAGGACUUCAAGACGACAGUUCUGGAGGGUAUGGAGACGGCCAAGCAUCAGGCGUGGAGGGUGCAGCUUUCCAGAGCAGACUUCCUCACGACCGGAUGACCUCUCAGGAAGCAGCCUGUUUCCCAGACAUCAUCAGUGGGCCUCAGCAGACCCAGAAAGUUUUUCUAUUUAUCAGAAACCGCACAUUACAAUUGUGGUUGGAUAAUCCAAAGAUUCAGCUGACGUUUGAGGCUACUCUCCAACAAUUAGAAGCACCUUAUAACAGUGAUACUGUGCUUGUCCAUCGAGUUCACAGUUAUUUAGAGCGUCAUGGUCUUAUCAACUUUGGCAUCUAUAAGAGGAUAAAACCCUUACCAACUAAAAAGACAGGAAAGGUAAUUAUUAUAGGCUCUGGAGUCUCAGGCUUGGCAGCGGCCCGACAACUACAAAGUUUUGGAAUGGAUGUCACACUUCUGGAAGCCAGGGAUCGAGUGGGUGGACGAGUUGCCACAUUUCGCAAAGGAAACUAUGUAGCAGAUCUUGGAGCCAUGGUAGUAACAGGUCUUGGAGGGAAUCCCAUGGCUGUGGUCAGCAAACAAGUAAAUAUGGAACUGGCCAAGAUCAAGCAAAAAUGCCCACUGUAUGAAGCCAAUGGACAAGCUGACACUGUCAAGGUUCCUAAAGAGAAAGAUGAAAUGGUAGAGCAAGAAUUUAACCGGUUGCUAGAAGCUACAUCUUACCUUAGUCAUCAGCUAGACUUCAAUGUCCUCAAUAAUAAGCCUGUGUCCCUUGGCCAGGCAUUGGAAGUUGUCAUUCAGUUACAAGAAAAACACGUCAAAGAUGAGCAGAUUGAACAUUGGAAGAAAAUAGUGAAAACUCAGGAAGAACUGAAAGAACUUCUUAAUAAGAUGGUAAAUUUAAAAGAGAAAAUUAAAGAACUCCAUCAGCAGUACAAGGAAGCAUCUGAUGUGAAGCCACCCAGAGACAUUACUGCCGAAUUCUUAGUGAAGAGCAAGCACAGGGAUCUGACUGCCCUUUGCAAGGAAUAUGAUGAAUUAGCUGAAACACAAGGAAAACUAGAAGAAAAACUUCAAGAAUUGGAAGCCAAUCCCCCAAGUGAUGUAUAUCUCUCAUCAAGAGACCGACAGAUACUUGAUUGGCAUUUUGCAAAUCUUGAAUUUGCUAAUGCCACACCUCUCUCUACCCUCUCCCUUAAACAUUGGGAUCAGGAUGAUGACUUUGAGUUUACUGGCAGCCACCUGACAGUGAGGAAUGGUUAUUCCUGUGUUCCUGUGGCUUUAGCAGAAGGCCUGGACAUUAAACUGAACACAGCAGUACGACAGGUUCGCUACACAGCCUCAGGAUGUGAAGUGAUCGCUGUGAAUACCCGCUCCACAAGUCAAACCUUUAUUUAUAAGUGUGAUGCAGUUCUCUGUACUCUUCCCCUGGGUGUGUUGAAGCAGCAGCCACCAGCUGUUCAGUUUGUGCCGCCUCUUCCUGAGUGGAAGACAUCUGCAGUUCAAAGGAUGGGAUUUGGCAACCUUAACAAGGUGGUGUUAUGUUUUGACCGAGUGUUCUGGGAUCCAAGUGUCAAUUUGUUCGGGCAUGUUGGCAGCACGACUGCAAGCCGGGGGGAACUCUUCCUCUUCUGGAACCUCUAUAAAGCUCCAAUACUGUUGGCACUGGUGGCAGGAGAAGCUGCUGGCAUCAUGGAAAAUAUAAGUGAUGAUGUGAUUGUUGGCCGGUGCCUGGCCAUUCUCAAGGGGAUUUUUGGUAGCAGUGCAGUGCCCCAGCCCAAGGAAACUGUGGUGUCUCGCUGGCGUGCUGAUCCCUGGGCCCGGGGCUCCUAUUCUUACGUAGCCGCAGGGUCAUCUGGAAAUGACUAUGAUCUGAUGGCUCAGCCAAUCACUCCCGGCCCCUCAAUUCCAGGUGCCCCACAGCCAAUCCCACGCCUCUUCUUUGCCGGAGAACAUACAAUCCGGAACUACCCAGCCACAGUCCAUGGUGCUCUGCUGAGUGGGCUGCGAGAAGCAGGAAGGAUUGCAGACCAGUUCUUGGGAGCCAUGUACACUUUGCCUCGCCAGGCCACACCAGGCGUCCCUGCACAGCCAUCUCCAAGCAUGUGAGAUGCAAGGCGGAGUUUGACGACUGCAGUUGUUUGCAAAGCUCUUCUAGCAAUACUAGAUGGCACUGAGAAGCUCCUGCCCUGGCACCUGGGCUCUCCGUCAGCUGACAGGAACUUGCUUGAAUCCUGUUCUUCUUAAAGACUGAGGCAAGAACGUGCUCUAAGAUGACAUU